AUCGGAUAGAAGCACAACCUUAUACGGAUAACUGUGCUGCCAGACGAAGUCUCCGCAGAGUCUCAUCACAUGGGCAUCGACUGGAAGCGCCGAAUCUUCACGUUCGCGUUGGCAGCCCCCGUGGCCAUGUACUUGCUCGGGACCUCUCUUGGCACGUCUGCACUAGCAACAGCCAUCUUGGCGGGGUGUCUCAUCGAGUUCCGCUGCAACUUGUGUCCCCCGUUUCUGUUUCACGUUGCAGGAGUGAAACCCGAGGCGAAGAACAACGUAGCCCAUGCUGUAUUCAUCGCCAUAUUGGGAAGUCUGGUCGCUGUGGCGGCCACUCAGAGCAAACAGCUUCAUGAUGCCGCGACGUCUGUCGCAUUCUUUGCCGUGUUUGGCUAUCAUCUGAUCUUGACGUCAUGGAGCAACGCAUCCAAGGCUCCUUCGAAUACGACAUUGCAUCAAGGCAUCGUCGAUCUCUUCCUGGAUCUGCUAGCUGUUGGCUACAUCGUCCAGUGUGUGCCCCUUCGUCUUGCAUGCAAUUCUGGCCACUCGUUCAACGUGGCUGCAUAUAGUGGGUUUUCUCAUGCCAUUCUCAUACGAAACGCGUCGUCUUUUGGAAUGGGACUCCAAGUGAUGACGCUCUCUUGCUCAUGGCUAAGUGACACCGGGGCGCUCGUAGCCGGCUCGUUGUUUGGCUCGACCAAAUUGCUGCCGACCAUCAGCCCAGGAAAGACCGUUGCUGGGGCCGUCGGUAGCGUUGUGUUUGGUAUGCUGACAGUGGUUGGAGCGAUGGCGCUCGUCGAGGCAAUCGGCCGGUCAGAUUUGCUGCCGGCUCUGCCUUUGGUCGAGCAAGUUGCGCUGGGUGGCGUUAUGGGAGUGCUCUGUGUCUUGGGGGACUUGGUCGAGUCGUACACAAAGCGCGUGGCCCAAGUCAAAGACUCGGGCGCCCUCUUUCCCGGGCACGGCGGGUGCCUCGAUCGCAUGGACAGUUUGCUGUUCAUUGCCCCGUUGGUGUAUCAUGUGGGCCAGUUUAAGCAGUGGCAAUAGUUGAUGUCAUAUCGUGGUCGUGUUUAUUA